AUGAGUUCGAAUUAUUAUGAUAUUGAUGAUAUCUUAGCAGAAUCAGAAAAAGUCCCUACAAAAUUCAAUUUCACUGUACCUGGAUUAGGUUAUCUUGAAGGGAAUCCAGGGAAAUCAAUUCAUGAAAAUACUAAAAUUGAAUUACCAAUUUGGUUAGCUAAAAUAUUAGCUACAUUAACUAUCAAUGAAGAAUCCAAUGAAAGUUUUAUUGAUUUAAAAGAUCCUGAAUUUAUAAAUAAUAAAGUUAUAAAUGCUAUUAAAACUGAUCCAUUAUCUAUUGAUUUACACAAUUUAACACCAUUUUAUUAUUCAAUGAUUUUAAAAUGGGGGAAUAUGUAUAAUGAUGAAAAAUUAAUUGAAAAUGUUAUGAAUUGUUUGAAAAUUAGAAGUUUGGAAAUUUAUAAUUUUAGUAAUAAUGCAAACAAGACUUUAAAUAAUGAAUUUCUUUAUAAUUUAGAUGAAUUUGAAAAAGCAUUAUUUAAACUGACUUCAGAAAGUAAUAAACUAAUGAGAAAAUGGUUUAAACGAUAA